AUGUCGGCGACUCAAAGGGACAGAAUCCCGGUCCGCUUUUCUAACGACAGUCUUAACAGCAAUGACAUCAUUGACGUGAUGCACCCCAAGAAUACACGAGUGGACUGGCUUUUCGGCUGGUGUCGGAGCGACAUACUGACGGAAACUGGGAAGCGCUUACAGAUCUGUAAGAUCCUCAUCCUCAUUCUCGUCCCCAUUUUCGGUCUGUGGAGUUUUACGGUGUACGGCCUCUUUGGCAGUCUGCGGGUGAAGUCUCAGAUGGAACAGACUCAGACGGCUGUUAAAAUCAGUGUCGGCAUCGGGAAGUUCCUCGACAAGAUCCAGCGAGAGCGAGACAUGUCCGUGCUGUACCUGAGCAUCCUGGGUCCCCAGACGAAGACCUUCCUCCGGAACGAAUACCUGCUCACUGACCAGGCCCUUGACCAGCUGACCAGCUGGCCGCUCAAGACGACAGUCACGUCUGCUUUCCACUCAAAGGCCAAGUUCCACAGGUUCCUCAACAAACACAGGCAGUCUCUGAGCUCGAAGAAUUUCGACAUCUACGUUGAAAUCGCCUUCUACAACUCCCUGAUAGAACCGUUCGUAGAGUGGCUGUACGACGCCAUCACGGAAUCCAGCAAGGCGUCCAUGUGGCAGAUUCUGGUUUCAUAUCAGAAAAUCGUCACCGGGAUGGAACAGAUUGGGAUCGAGAGAGCUCUAGGGGUCGUCUUCUUCGUGAAUGGCGGCUUCCCCAGCAAGACCAUCUACGAGAACUACAACCGGAAUGUGAACAUCUUCAAAUCCAACUACCGCUCGGCGGUCUUGUACUCGAAGGGGAUCGACACCAUCUUCCAGAAGGGGAUGUUGAAGAGCGGGACGAAUCUGACGGCGGUGAUCGAGAAGUUCCGCUACGAGAUCCAGCACUCGAUGGACAUUAAGCCGUCCAUUACCAAGGGACAAUGGUGGUUCGACAACAUGACUCUGUACCUGGACACCCUUCUCAUUAUUCAGCAAGACCUCGCCAUAAUCAUCAACGAUGAGGUCGAGAUCGUUAUCACAGAAGAGAACAGACAAUGA